AUGCCGCCACCACAACCGCCCCAGGAGGCGACCGACAUCUUCUCCAUUUCUGACCAGGUUCUUGCCGACAGGCUCCAGUUCAUCGAGGAAAUUGGCUUCGGAAACUGGGGCAGCGUCUGGCUAUGUCGCCCAAAGUCGUCGACAGAGCAGCAGCUACACGAGACGAAGAUUGCAGUGAAGCUUGUACAUCGCUCAAAGACGUCCACAACCGCAGCACGAGUCAGGUCACUAUGGAACGAGAUGAAAGUCGUCCGCUCACUGAAACACGAACCCCACCCGUCUAUCAUCCCCUUCUACUCGUUCAUCAUCACGCCCUCGUAUGCCCUUAUCACAAUGGCCUUCCACCCCCGCCUCAUCACCGUCGAGGUCUCCGAGCCGCACGCGAAGGAAUGGUUCCGCUCUCUCCUGUCUGGGGUCGAGUUCCUGCACAAGCGGGGUGUCGUACACAACGACAUCAAACCUGCGAAUAUUCUCCUCUCGCACGAGGACGUGCCGGUUUUCGUUGACUUCGGAUUUGCAGAGCGAUACGACGUCGACGCACCUGAGGCAUUCCACAGCAACCUGUCCUACGGUACUCCUGAGUAUCUAUCCCCAGAACGCGCACGCGGCCUCCCUCACGACACGCGCAAGUCGGACGUGUGGUCACUCGGCGUGACUUUCUUCGAGAUCCUCGUCGGGCGCACGCCGUUCGAGCAUGCCGAGGGCGAGACAUUCGCAACCAAGGACGACCUCGAGAAGUACUGGGCGCGCACGCUCCGCGGCAAGUGGGUCGGCUCGUAUAAGAUGUCUAAGGGCGUCGAGAAGCUCCUGCGGCGCAUGAUCCUGCCCAACGCGGACUUGCGCUGCAAUGCGACCGACGCGAUGAAGGAUCCAUAUUGGACUGCGGCUGCCGAGCCUGCUGUGUCACAUCGGAAAUCAGCGAGUGUGUCGCACUCGCGCCCGACUUCGCUUGUCCUCGACAAGGAUGUGUCGAAGCUGCUUGACGUCCUCCCGCCGUGGUCGCGCGCGAACAAGGAGAAGGAGAAGGAGCGCACAAGGACCGAGAAGACCAGAGACAAGACCAAGUUCGCGACCGUCUCUGGGAAGGAGAACGUGCACGCAGCCACGGACGCGGAGGCAGGGCCUACGCGUCCCGGCCAUGCACGCUCGCAGUCGCAGCCCAAGCUUCAGGUCUUCGAAGCACCAGCGACGGCGCGCGGCGUCAACCAGGCAAAGCGUCAGAAUGCCGGCCCGAGCGUGUUCUCUGCCUUCUCCCCCGUCAAGCACUCCCCGCCUGCACCCUCGCUCGCCUCCGCAGCAGCGAAGGAGAAUGCUGGGCUCCCCGCAACCAAGGCGGCGCGGACGACACGCAAGCCGCUCGGCCCGCGGGCGCCCACGCCGCCCACCUCUCCCAUGCACGAGGACGAGCUCAGGCCGCAGGCGUCCAAGGAGAAUGCGCACCGCGAGAAGGAGAACACGAAGGACCGGCGCCGCAGCCAGAUCCUCCGUGACGUCACAAGCGCGCGGAAGCAGGACGAGAACAUGCUUUCUUCGUCUGUGAGCAUGAACACUAAGCGCAGCGAGCGCGGCCUGAAGGCGAAGACGUCUGAGAUCAAGGAGAGCACGAAGGCGGCGGACACGAGCGGCGGCUCGGUGCGGAACCGCAUGAAGGAGUGGGAGCGCGAGCGCGAGCGGCUGAAGGAGAUGGAGCGCGUGAAGGAGCGUGUGCGCGAGGUCGAGGAGGAGCGCGAACGUGACCGCGAAGAGCGGGAACGUGAGGAACGGGCGCGCGAGGCGGAGUGGGAGCGCGCCCGGCAAGCAAGCUUCGAGCGACAGAGGGAGCGGUCGCAGACGCAGGAGCGCGAGCGCGAGUUCUUCCUCCCGAAGAUCAGCGUCGGCCCGCCGCUGUCGCCCACCGGCAGCGCGAUGCCCAUGUCGCCGCUCAGCCCGCUGUUCGAGGAGCCGUCGCAGCUCGUCGAGUCGCCUGUGGACCUGUACCCGAGCGCGCACGCGGCCGGGAACGAGUCCGGGAUCAGCGUCCUGAAGCAGAGCCUGCGCAUGUCGAUGAGUGGUGCGGUGCGCCUGUACAAGUCGUCCACGCAGCUGCUCGGGCGGUCGACGCCCGCGCUCACGCUCGGUUCCGACAACGUGGACGACGAAGAGGAGUCGCGCUCCAUGAGCUUGAGCGCGCGUGCAUCUUGGGAGGACGAGGAGCUCGUCGCGAAGGCUAAAUCGUCCCUUCCUACCGUGCGCCAUGCAGUGCGUACCGAGCAGCUUGCUGCCGAGAACCGACUCGACCGGAUGACGAUCUGGAUCCAGAACGUUGAGAAGGUCGUCGACGAGGCGCGCCAGAACUUCGCGGCCUCGACGAGCUCGGGACCACUCCCGCCGCUGCCUGUCGCGCCCGUCUCACGCCGCUCAUCCUACACCAGCCGCUCUGCACGGGCAAACCGCAUGCCACGCAAGAUCAUGGCCGCGAACCAGAUAUUCGUGAACGAGUAUGAGUCCGGCGUGUUCGACCGCAGCACGCUCUCCGCCUCCGCGUCCCCGCUCCCCAGCCCGUCGUUCCUCAACACCAUGAACUUCGCGGAGCACAGCCUGCCGACGAUCCCGUCGGAGAUGCCGAGCCGCGUCUCGCACGACAAUGACGUUGAGCACUCUCGCUCGUACAUGGGCGAGGAGCAGCCGGGACGGGCGAGCACAAGUGCGCUUGCGGUGCCGGAGACGCCGUCGCGGAAGCGGAGGGCGACGGUCGUGACGCGCUCGCCAGAGAUGAAGCGCAAGACGCCGAGUCUGGAGAUCGACACCUCCCCGUCGAAGCGGCGCGAGAAGUCGAAGUCGUACAGCGAGCUCGUCAGGCCCAUCACGCCGAUCACGAAGCUCGAGUUCGAGCUGGAGCGCUUGGCCCAGCCGACGCCGACACCGCGGUUGUCCACCAUGGUCGACAAGAACCUGUUCAUCGCGACGUCGCCGGCCCAGAGGGUCACGAUCCAGGAGCCGCGCUCCACACCACCUAGGGCGCAGAACGACCUAACGGCUUCGCCGCUCCACGUUGAGCCGUACCCCGCAAGGCCCGCCCAGUCGGGUAUCACGAUGGACACGCCGGCCAAGCGGCACAUCGAGGGCGUUUACGACAGGUUCCUCAUGUCGACCACUGGCGUGAAGCGUGCCGGCAAGGGCUACCAGUCGGACAACAUCGGGCCUGUCGGGAACGUGGCCCGGCCGCACUCGUCGAUGGCGAAGCGCAGCCAGAAGUUCUUCACUGCGACGCGUCGCCCGAUGCCGCCCCCAGUAUCGAGCGACGACAUCCGGCGUGCGUCCUCGUCUGUGGACGAGUUCGGGACCUUCUGCCCGUCAAGCAGCACCCCCGCCGUACCUGUCGGCGAGCACGGCAAGAACACGCUCGCUGGCGGCGUCCGCAAGGCGUUCAAGGCGAUCGUGACCGGUAGGCCUGCCGCCGCGCGCGGUGGGAAGCCGGUCUGGGUUUGA